AGGGCACAAGGACGAGGGGCAACUAAGCAACCUGCCCCAAGGAGCUCUCCUCAAUUGACUUAGUCUAAUUUACACGUUGUGUACUUUUUAUAUAUUUAUACAUACCUACUUGUACUAAUCGAAUGUUAUAAUCUACGUAUUUUUAUAUAUCUUGACUAACUCGAAAACACCAGAAGAAGGGCGAAGUUUGCCAAGUUUCUUAACUCUACCUUAACCAGUCUAACACCACUUAACUCAAAUUAACUGAUUCUCACACAGAAUUACGCCUCGAAAUUAUCUAAAAUAUGCUACAUUUUACGGAUUAUCAAGCGAGUUAACUGAAAAUCGAAUAGUUAUACAUCAAUACAUAUGAAGCAAUGCCAUGCGAUGCGAAGUAACAUUUUUUUAUACUUAAUUAUACUAGUUAAAGAUGCAACAAAACCAAAAAAUAAGAAUGCAUGUUACAAAUUUUAUAAAAAAAAACAAAUUUUUGCACACUCGCCACUCAAUUUGUUAGCUAAUCAAUUUCAUUGCAUUAUUCCAAAUAAUCGACUCGAGAUCGCAACUCAUUGUAAAAUGGUGUAGCCAACAAUCUGGGACCCUUUGGUAGGGCUCAGUUUGCUGGCCAGUCGAAGCAAUAAAGAGCAAAUCCUUCAAUAAAAUUAUACUUAUACACAAACGAACAAAGGUUUUCCAAUUUGGCGAUGGGAAAGCGAGCGAGCGACAGAUAAGAUAAAGCCACCAGCAAAAGUUUGUCGACCAAUGCGAUGUGUGUAGUAUUCUGUGAUUCAGUUGUGAAAUAAUCCUCAAACUGCAAAGUUCUCCAUUGAGUCGGAAACAUGUUGAAGCUGGACACCAAAGGAGGUAUCAUCUGCACGGGCGUUUUAUCCAUUGCCUUUGCCAUAACCUAUUUGGCACUGAUGGAUGAGUAUUUCUGGCGAAAUGGACUUUACGAACUGGGGAUACACAUUUCUUCUCUGCAAAUAUUAGGCAGCGUAUGCCUUCUAAUAGGAGCUUUUAAGCAAAAAUACAAGUUCUUAGUGCCGUGGAUGAUAACCACAGGGUUCUUCAUGUAUCUUAUGGUUUAUGCGAGCAUUACGACGUUAACCAGACUUGGAGAUUGGAUCUUCAUUCCGACGAUGUUGCUGCCGUUUACAGUUUAUCUUGGCUGUGCUUUGUACUCGGUGCAAAAGGCUUUCGACAGGAUGCGCAAGGACAUGCCCCCAUUGUACUCCAAUUUGUCCGCCGAAAAGGAUAUCGUUCAUCAUAUUUAGGCCAAUAAAACGAAUUUACUUCAAUUGGUUUUAACCGCAGACGAAAUUAGCCAAAAAGGAUUAGCCUUGAAAAUACAUUCAUUUCGAAGAAUAGGGUAACAAAAGCUGAUAAGAUAACUGUUAAACAAAAGCUUUCCAAUUAUGAAGCUAUGAAAAAAAAGUGAAAUGUGGAAACAAGCACAAAAGAGGCCAUAUAUUCCUUAGCGAUGUAACUGUUAUAUAGAAGAAAACAAUUAGUAAUAUUCAGCUGAACAACAUGAUCACUGGUCAUCACUUUCAUCAUGUUCAGCAAAAAAUGAGCGUAUAAAUAGUACGCUAUCUUUUCUUGAUAAAUGAUAAAUAUCUGCUAGCCUAUAUUAAUAGUGUAAAUAUCGAUAAGAACAAACAGAAAAAUUAAAUUGUAAACAAAACAAAAAUAAACAAGAAACGAAGCAAACGAAGUUCAUAUACCCUUGCAGCUAUUGCAACAAUUAAAUGUUCUUGAAAAACUUAAAAUUAUGAUUGACUUGCGUGUGUGUUUACAUUGAAGCUAUUUGAAGAUUAUUUGAUAGUUCCUAUGGCAGAUAUAUGAUA